AUGACGGAUCUUGGCGACCUCAAGUACUUCCUAGGAGUGGAAGUUAACCAAGAUCGUUCAGCUGGUACGAUUUCGAUUUGUCAGUCCAAAUUUGCAAAGGACAUCCUUGAGAAAUUUGGCAUGGAUAACAGCAAUCCUGUCAGAACUCCACAAGAACCAGGACUCAAGCUGACAAAGUCAAUGUGCGUGGAUGGGUGCAAGCAUGACGAAACGAUGGCAAAUGUGCCAUUUCGCAACGCAGUCGGCUGCUUGAUGUACCUUAUGGUGGGUACACGCCCAGACCUUGCAGCUGCAGUGGGAGUGCUUAGCCAGUUCUCGGCAGACCCUUGUCCGACCCAUUGGCAAGCUCUUAAGCGGGUGUUACGUUACAUCCAAGGCACAAGGGAAUAUGGAAUCGAGUAUCAAGCAACAAACAAUGACAAACUGCACGGCUACUCGGAUGCAGACUGGGCCGGAGACGUGGAAGCUCGACGAAGCACAAGCGGGUACACGUUCAUAUUGAACAACGGGUGUGUAAGCUGGAGAAGUAAGAAACAGAGCACUGUGGCUCUUUCAUCUACGGAAGCGGAGUACAUGGCUUUGAAGGAAGCGGAGUACAUGGCUUUGACGGAAGCUGCACAAGAAGCAAUUUGGCUGAAGGCACUAUUAUGUGAGCUCGACGAGAUGAGGAGCGAUGAAGCUGUCAAGAUUUACGAAGACAAUCAAGGUUCCAUCGCUUUGGCCAAAAAUCCCGAAUUUCACAAGCGCACAAAACACAUUGACAUUCGGUAUCACUUUGUACGCGAAAAAGUGGCUGAAGGAACAUCGGUGUUGGAAUACUGCUCGACCAAGGACAUGAAGGCCGACCUGAUGACGAAGCCAAUUCCUGCAGUACAGUUUCAACAUCUACGGAACAUGCUGGGUGUCAAGGUGCUAACUUCUGCCGAGGCGAGUGGGAGUGUUGUCACAAAUGCGCCUCGGCAUGCGUAUUCGCACAAGAACCUGUAG